AUGUCACCUCUCAAAGGCGCUACGGCGCCAAUCCAGUUUGGCUCAUUUAUUGUCACAUCACAGGUCUUCUACACAACCCCCCUAACCUUCGCCCUGGUCAACCUCAAACCCAUCCUCCCAGGCCACGUUCUCGUCUCCCCACGACGAAUCGUACCCCGCGUUGCAGACCUGACCCCCGCAGAAACAAGCGACCUCUUCCUAACCGUCCGGCGCAUCGGACGCAUGGUAGAGCGCGUCUACGGCGCAACAAGCCUCAACAUCGCCGUGCAGGACGGCGUGCAUGCAGGUCAGAGCGUACCGCACGUUCAUGCACACAUUAUCCCGCGCAAGAGGGCUGAUCUGGAUCAUGCCGGCGGCACAGAUGCGGUUUAUGACCUGCUGGAUGGGGAUGAGGGGGAUUUGGGGAAGGUGUUUAAGGAUGCUGCUUCUGAGGGACAGGCGAGUGGGAAUUUGAGGUCGAGGUUCCCCGCAGUGGAUAACGAUGCGCGGAAGCCACGUGGGGAGGAGGAGAUGAGCGCUGAGGCAGAGAUGCUGGCGAGAGAGAUGGAGAAUGAGCCGCUUGAUUGA